AUCUCCUUUCCACACUUUAAUUCUGUUUUCAUUAUUUUUAUAGAAGGAAUAAAAAUCAAAUUAAAUGUUGAUAAUUAAAAGAAGGAGCAGCACAGAGGAAAUCUGAGUGUUUUACAAUCGUGUAAAAAUAAUGGCAGAUAGGUUGUAUAUGUACAGUUGGUAUCAUGGGGAAAUUGGACGUUCAGCAUCUGAAAGUAUAUUAAUGUCGCAAAAGGCUGGCUUAUUUUUGGUUCGCGACUCAAGUACAUGUAAAGGAGGCUACGUUUUGUCUGUCAGUGAAAACCGCAAAGUGAGCCAUUACAUUAUUACUCACCGAAAUAAUCAAUACCAAAUCGGCGACCAAACGUUCGAUGAUUUACCUGAAAUAGUAGAAUUUUAUAAAAGACACUUUUUAGACACAACAACCUUAGUGGAACCAGCAGCUCGACAAAUAGACAACAAUGUACUACCUGGUCAGGCAGUUGUAGCACCACCAACCCCAGCUAACCUUCCAAAAGUGAAAGCAUUGUACAAUUUUCCUGGAAAGGAUCCAGAAGACUUACCAUUCAAAAAGAAUGAUGUUCUGACAAUAUUAAAAAAAGAAGAAGCAGAAUGGUGGGUGGCAAAAGACAGUAUGGGGAAAGAAGGAAUGAUACCUGCAAAUUAUGUUGAACCUAUCCCAAGUCGGACGUCAUUCUCUGGAAAUCAAAUCGCACAAAGUAACCGAAAUCGCACCAGCGCACAAACUGGUGGUUAUACUACACCCAACACAGGGGGUAUACUACCAACAACGAUUCCCACCACGGUACCCGCAAUGACAGUACCCGCAAUAGCUGAAGCUGUGCAAGAUCGAACACCUAGUAUAUAUGAUCCAAUGGAGCUGAAAUUCCAGAAAGGAGAACGUAUUUUAGUGACCAGUAUGCGAGACGAUGGUAGCUGGGAGGGACAGUUAGCUAACGGGAAGAAGGGAAUAUUUCCUUUCAGAUAUGUGAAAAUUAUAACGAGCUCGCCUGAAGAAAUCGCGGCGUGGAAUACGUCAUGAUACACGAGUAUUAUUCGUGACGUUGUAACAAGACUCGCCAUAAUAAUGACAGAAGAUCAUGUUUUUUUUAAUGGUCGAAAUAAUUUGGCCGUUGUCUAGCAACAACCAAUAGAAAUACAUUACAGUAACAAUGAAUUCGCUCAGCUAAUUUUUCAUAAGUAUUUUUUUCUGUUUUUUUUAAUUUUAUAUUUUUAUUUCUUUAAAGUAAAAAAAUGAAACCUGUGUCCCUUCGUUGUGCAUACGCGUUUAGUUUGUGUUUCGAUUGCCGUAAGAUUUACCGUCAAUGUGUCCCUGAAUGCUUUAUACCUUACGUUGAUUAAUUUUUGUAAAUUUCGCGAAGAUUAUUUGUUUGCACAAAAAUUUUCGGAAAGGUCAAUUCGCAAGAAUUAAAUUUCGCAAAACCAAAUAUGACUUAUUUGCUAAAAUUUAAAAAAAUAAAUUUGUCGCUUAAUUUCGAUCUCAAUUAAGAAAUAAAUUGAAAUUGCGAAAUAAUGGGAAAUUCGCGAAAAUAAUUCGUCGCAAAAAAUCUUAAAAUGCGUUAUUCGCAAAAAGUAAUAUUUGGGAAAUAUCUUUGCAUGAUGGAUUCGCGAAAAUAUGUCUUCGCAAAAAUAAGUCUUCGCCAAAAUUAGUCUUUGCAGAAAUAAGUCUUCUCGAAAAUUGGCCAACGUUAGGUGGUGACUUGCUGUACUUUUUUCAUCAUUUCAACUAUGUGGUCUCAAAGUAUUACUUUUACUAUUUAUAUAUAUUCUAUUUUGCAAAUUAUUUUUUUUUAUGUUAUUAAUGUGUGCAUAGGUUGAAGGAUGUUUUGUAGACCAUAACGUCACGAACGUGUCGCUAGAUUUAAAAAAUUUGUCAAUAAUUUUCUUAUUUUUGAAUCAAUGUAUAUUGUUACAAGUUUCAUGUUGUUAUAACAAGAAAACAUAAUGGUGGA